AACCAAUCAGCUGCUGGAUGUCCCUCAGACACGCCCCCUGCACGCGCCCCCUCCCCUCCCGGUAAUCCUCCGUCCUCUGCAGGCAUCAUGGCGGAAAUUAAAACUGGGAUCUUUGCGAAGAACGUGCAGAAACGGCUGAACCGCGCACAGGAGAAGGUUCUUCAGAAACUUGGAAAAGCUGAUGAGACCAAAGAUGAGCAGUUUGAACAAGUGGUUAUUAACUUCAAGAGACAAGAGUCUGAAGGUGCUCGGCUGCAGAGGGAGAUGAAGGCCUACAUGUCUGCCAUCAAAGGCAUGCAGCAGGCGUCCAUCAACCUGACACAGUCUCUCCAUGAGGUCUAUGAACCAGACUGGCACGGGAAGGACGACAUCGUGACCAUUGGGAAGGACUGUGAUGCAUUGUGGGAAGACUUUCAUAACAAAUUGGUCGACUCGACUCUGCUGAACCUCGAUGGAUACCUGCAGCAGUUCCCCGACCUAAAGGUUCGUGUGGCCAAAAGAAGUCGGAAACUCAUCGACUAUGACAGCGCUCGUCAUCAGCUGGAAUCUUUGCAGGCACCUGGGAUGAAGAAUGACAGGAAGAUUAUGAAGGCAGAGGAAGAGCUUAAAAAGGCUCAGAAAGUCUUUGAUGAGCUGAAUGUGGGUCUGCAGGAUGAGCUGCCAACCCUCUGGGAUCGACGGGUGGGUUUCUACAUCAGCACCUUUAAGUGUGUAACAAGCCUGGAGGCAAAGUUUCAUCGGGAAAUCUCCAUGGUGUGCAGGGAGCUCUACGAAGUUAUGACCAAACUAAGAGAACAACACGCAGACAAAGUGUUCACCAUUCAAGGAGCCCCGAGUGAUUCUGGACCCCUGCGCCUCGCCAGAACACCAUCACCACCAGACGAUGAGAGUCCACCAGAGAGUCCAGAAGCCAGCUCCAACCACAUGCUUCGCCCAGUUUCCCCCGGACCGCCUCGACCCAAAUCUCCAAUCCAGCUUAAAAAGGGUCCACCUGUUCCUCCACUUCCUAAAGCCACCCCCACUAAAGAAGUGGCAGAAGAGCAAAUAAUUGACCUGUUUGGUGGAGAAUUUCUACCUGCACCGUCACCAUCUCAGCCAAACGAACGACCCGGAGAGUCUCUUCUAGAUUUGGACUUUGAUGCUUUUCAGCCAGAUGAAACUGUUGCACCGAUACCUCAGACGGCUGUACCCUGGGACAUGUGGUCGGCAAAUGCUCAACCUGCUCAUCCUGCUGAUGAAUCCGGAUUUGUGGCCGACUGGUCUGCAGACUUCGGUUCAGUGCCAGCAAAUGAAGAUGAUGCUUCAGCUGCAGUCUCAGCUGCUUCAGGAACUGUGGAUGAAAUGCCAGAAGGAGAGCGGUUCAGUGUUCAGGGAGAAGCUCAGUGCUGGCAGAAGCCCGAAGGCUCACUACCAGAUGGAGACUUAACUACUGUCCAGGACAGUGAGUCCAGAGCUAAGGAAGAUGAGGAUGCUGCUGCUUCAUCAUUCUUUACAGAUUUUGAUAACAUGAAUGAAGCUCAGACUGACUCAACAGAAGCAACACAGAAGGAAGAAGCUGAUGAGCAGAGUGCAGCUUCAGUUCCCACUGCUGCAGCGGACCAAGAUGCGAGUCCGCCUCUUCCUGCUGCCAAAGACACCCAGCAUCAGCCUAUGGAGGCUGAAAUGUGUGAAGCUGCAGCCCCCCCUGCUGGAGAGGUCAGGGAAGACCCAUCCCCUCCUGCUGAAUAUGAAAAAGAAGAAGCUUCAGACAAUUUGCAUGAAAAGAAAGUAGCUACUGAAGCUGAGAGUCCAGAGAAGGCCCAGCCUGCAGAGGUUUGUUCACUUCAUUUUCUUUACAUACAUUUUUGCUCACUUUUAUUCUUUUAACAACAAUUCCAGGUUAAAAAAGAAAACUAA